AUGUCGACUCUUACUCGUACAUUCAGAAAUCUGUGGCGGAUUGGGUUUAAGGAAUAUGGACAUCAAAUGCAGUAUAUUGGUGACACCAAAGCUGGAACACUGAUCGCAACCGACCGUUUCGGAAACAAAUACUACGAGAACAUGGAGGAACUUCCCCUCCGUACCCGAUGGGUCGACUACAAGGAAAAGGAAUUCGACGCCGCUCAGAUCGAACCCGGCUGGCACGCAUGGUUGGCCUACAUGGUUGACGCUCCCCCGACUGCCGACAAGCUUCUACGGACCGGCGUGCGCCCGUGGGAACUGCCAGAGCACCGCAGCAACCUGACAAUGUCUCGCGGAGCUUACAAGCCGUACUCAACUGUGCGCUCCAAGUACUCUGCUUGGCAACCAGUUGCUGCACCUCGAUAG